AUGGAGAAGCCUAUGGGAACAAAGUUCGGCGAGGGCACAUCUGCCGAAGCCGAAACCGCAGUGACCCACGAAGAGAACGCCCUUCACGAAGACGUGUACGAUGUUUUGCAAAACAAGAGGCUCAACAGAAUCCUCGACCUAAGGAUAAUCCCGCUAUGCUGCUGGCUAUACCUCUUGAACUUCCUCGACAGAGGCAACAUCGGCAAUGCCCGGGUCCUCAACCAGGAAACAGGAGACGACAUGCUGCACCGCACACGCAUGACCUCGACAGACUACGCGAUAACGCUGACGGUGUUCUCCCUCGCCUACGCCUUGUUUGAGGUACCCUCAAACUGGGUCAUGAAGCACCACGUCCGCCCGUCUGUGUGGCUGGCCCUGCUCCUCGGGUGCUGGGGCGUAGUGACGAUAGGUUUCGCCGGGGUCCAGAACUACGCGACCGUCCUCGCCCUGCGCCUGCUCAUAGGCGUCUUCGAGGCCGGGUUCUUCCCCGGCAUCGUCUACCUCAUCACCAUCUGGUACCGCCACAACGAACGCGCGCUGCGGAUCGCCAUGGUGAUUGCCUUCUGCAAUCUUGCUGGUGCAUUCGGCGGUGCUAUCGCGUACGGAAUUGGGCACGCCAACGGGGCUGCUGGCCUGCAGGGGUUCCGGUGGCUGUUCAUCAUCGAAGGGCUGAUCACGGUCGUGAGCGUGCUGCCGACUUUGCUCAUCCUGCCAGACUAUCCUGCUCGUGCCAAGUUCCUGACGGCGGAUGAUAAAAGGCUGGCUGUGGAUCGGCUCAGGGAGAGGGGCGGCGGGUACAACAGAGAGCAUGCGACGAGGAAAGAGAUCAUGGCGACUUUUGUGAGCCCGCGAAUGUUGGCACAUUAUGUUGCGUAUAUUGCGAAUGUGGUUCUCCAGGGAUCCUUCACCUUCUAUUCUCCGACAAUUGUCACGGGUCUUGGAUACAAGUCCAUCCAGGCGCAGCUCAUGACAGUUCCUCCAUGGUGCAUCGGCUUCUGCGUUGCCAUUAGUCUCUCCUAUUCGGCCGACCGCUUCGAUGCCCGAGGCUGGCAUAUCGUGGGGGCAUCAGUUGUUGGAGGCGCCGGCUGGCUCACUGCGGGCCUUCUGCCCCAUGACGCCUACAUACAGCGAUAUGGCUGCCUCUGCUUGGCUGCGGCCGGCGCAUUCCCUUGCGCUCCCGCAAUGACAAACUGGGUUACGUGCAACACACCCAGUCUGCUGACUAUCCCAUUCGCCAUCGCUGUGCAUAACUCAUGUGCUGGGAUCGGCCAGAUCAUUGCACAGUGGAUCUGGAAGCCGGCCGAGGCUGCUCAGGGCUACCCCACUGGGAACUUCACUUGUGCGGCCUGCUGCUUCUUCGUUGCUUUCAUGGCGGCCGGCCUUCGGCUCCUCUAUGCCAAGAUGAACAGAGAUGGGAUCCGCGAUGCCAGGGGCGAGAAGAGGGUCUGGUCCUACUGA